UGGUUCAUCCUAACAUAUUUGCUCUGAUAUAUAAGACUUACGGGACAUUGGAGGAAUUCAUCUCUCCUUUUACGGCGAAGGCUCAGUACCUGAAAGCAGCCAUGGAGUGGAAAAUACUUCCCAUUUACUCGUUGCUGCUGUUUUCUGUUUUCUCAAUUCAGCAAGUUUCUUCUCAAGAUGUAGCAAGCUGUGCGGGGAGAUGUGGGGAAGGGUAUUCUAGAGAUGCCAUCUGCAACUGUGACUAUAACUGUCAACACUACAUGGAGUGCUGCCCUGACUUCAAGAAGGUCUGCACCGUGGAGCUUUCCUGUAAAGGCCGCUGCUUCGAAUCCUUUGCAAGAGGGAGGGAGUGUGACUGCGACUCAGACUGUAAGAAGUACGGCAAGUGCUGUUCCGAUUACGACACUUUCUGCGAAGAAGUGCAUAACCCCACAACACCUCCACCUCCAAAGACUGCACCUCCACCUCCAGGAGCAUCUCAGACCAUCAAAUCAACAACCAAACGGUCACCCAAAUCACCAAACAAGAAGAAGACUAAGAAAGUUAUAGAAUCAGAGGAAAUAACAGAAGAACAUUCUGUUUCUGAAAAUCAAGAGUCUUCCUCCUCCUCUUCCUCUUCCUCUUCAACUAUUCGGAAAAUCAAGUCUUCCAAAAAUUCAGCUGCUAAUAGAGAAUUAAAGAAGAAACCCAAAGUAAAAGAUAACAAGAAGAAAAGAACUCCUAAAAAGAAACCUACCCCAGAACCACCAGUUAUAGAUGAAGGUGGAAGUGGACUGGAUAAUGGUGAUUUCAAGCUCACCCCAACUCCUAACAUUCCCACCACUCAACGUAAUAAAGUUACCACAACUCCCAAGAUUACAACAGUAAAACCAACACUUCCUAAGCCCAGUCUUCCACCUAAAUCUGACACAACUAAAGAGACACCUUCGACAGUCCACACAGAGACAACAGUUGAAACUAAAGAGACUUCUACAACAAAUAAGCAGACUUCCACUAGCGCAAAAGAGAAGACUACUUCAGCUAAAGAGACACGAACUGCAGAGAAUACAUCUACUAAAGGUCUUGCACCCACACCUGAAGUUCCUGCUACAUCUACACCCAAAGCUGAAACUAUAACCAAAUCCCCUACACCCAUCACCCCGAAGGAACCUGCACCCACCACCCCCAAGGAGCCUGCACCCACCACCCCCAAGGAGCCUGCACCCACCACCCCCAAGGAGCCUGCUCCCACCACCACCCCCAAAGAGCCUGCACCCACUCCCAAGGAGCCUGUACCCACCAUCAUCCCCAAGAAGCCUGCUCCCACCAUUCCUAAGGAGCCUGUACCCACCACCCCCAAGGAGUCUGCUCCUGUUGAACCUAAGGAGCCCACUCCAAAUUCUCCUGAGACAUCUCCUCCAAGUUCUCCUGAUAUACCUGCUCCAACCACCUCAGAGGCCUCUACUUCAACCACCACAGUGGAGCCUCCCACUACUCCAAAGAGCCCUGCUGAAUCAACUCCUCAACCUCCUAUAGAACCCACACCAAAGGCUCUUGAAAACAGUCCCAAGGAGCCUGCAGUACCCACAAUCAAGGCUCCUAAAGUGAACAAACCUGAAAUGACUACAACAGUUAAAGACAAGUCCACAGAAAAAGACAUACAUUCUACACCUGAAAUUACAACAGCUGUAGCUAAGAUUAUAACAGAGGCAGCAACUAAAACAGAAAAGACUACUGAAUCCAAAAUACCAAGUACAACCACAGAUGCAACAUCUACCACAACCAAAGAUACCACAACAUCAUCCAAAAUUACUCCUAAAGCAACUCUUGCACCUAAAGUAAUGACUACAACAAAGAAGACGACCAAGAAGACUACGAGCAAACCUGAACAGACCACAGCUGUACCAAAAGGCACAGCUACUAAUUCUCAAGUGACAACUCCUAAACCUCAGAAACCAACCAAAGCACCCAAAAAGCCCACUUCAACCAAAAAGCCAAGAACACCUAGAGUGAGAAAACCAAAGACGACACCAACUCCCCCAAAGAUGACGACAUCAGCAAUGCCUGAACCGACUCCUACCUCUUUACCAGAAGCCAUGCUCCAAACCACCACCAGCCCUACCCCAACCCCCAACUCAGAAAUAAUUGAGGUAAACCCAAAGAAUGAGGAUGGAGAUGCUGCUGAAGGAGAAAAACCUCAUGUGAUUUUCAGGCCCCCUGUGCUAACUCCUAUAGUUAUUCCAGGCACUGAAAUCAUAGUGAGAGGACCCAGUCAAGGCUUCGGCAUCAGCCCCAUGUUUUCAGAUGAAACUAAUUUAUGCAAUGGUAGGCCAGUAGAUGGACUGACUACUUUGCGUAACGGGACAUUAGUUGCAUUUCGAGGUCAUUAUUUCUGGAUGCUAAGUCCAUUCAGUCCACCAUCUCCACCUCGGAGAAUUACUGAAGUUUGGGGCAUUCCCUCCCCCAUUGAUACUGUUUUUACGAGAUGCAACUGUGAAGGAAAGACUUUCUUCUUUAAGGGUUCUCAGUACUGGCGUUUCACCAAUGAUAUAAAAGAUGCAGGAUAUCCCAAACUAAUUUCCAAAGGAUUUGGAGGACUAAGUGGAAAAAUAGUGGCAGCUCUCUCAAUAGCUCAAUACAAGAACAGACCUGAAUCUGUGUAUUUUUUCAAGAGAGGUGGCAGUGUUCAGCAGUACACUUACAAACAAGAACCCACCCAAAAGUGUACUGGAAGAAGGCCUGCUAUAAACUAUUCCGUGUAUGGAGAAACAGCACAGGUUAGGAGACGUCGAUUUGAACGCGCUAUAGGACCUUCUCAAAUACACACCAUCAGAAUUCACUACUCACCCAUCAGAGUCCCUUAUCAAGACAAAGGUUUCCUCCAUAAUGAAGUUAAAGUGAGUACACUGUGGACAGGACUUCCAAAUGUGGUUACUUCAGCAAUAUCACUGCCCAACAUCAGAAAACCCGAUGGCUAUGAUUACUAUGCCUUUUCUAAAGAUCAAUACUAUAACAUCGACGUGCCAAGCAGGACAGCAAGAGCCAUCACUGCUCGUUCUGGGCAGACCUUAUCCAAUAGCUGGUACAACUGUCCUUAGACUGACGGGCGAAGGAAGAAUCAACUAAUUAAAAUGAAGAGGCGAAUGAUAAAUGUGGACACUGAAAUACAUUUUAUUAAUAAAGAACGUUGAGAUAAGCAUA